AUGCCUCACUGUCCAUCGUGCGGAAAACUCCUCAGGGACCAUACGUCUGUUGCUCGUCAUAUGAGCCAGCCCCGGUCUGGCUGCAACACCUGGCUGGAUGAUCUUAUCAGGCUCAAUACCAUCAUCCCGCCCGCUAAAGAUCAUCCCAUGGACUCAUUAGACGACAAUGAACCUAUCCCUUCGCAUGAACCAGGAGUCGGAGAGGAGGCGAAUCCACACGCACGCGAUUUUUACGGUGAAGAAGAGGAUAUUGUACUGGGAGAGCAUGAUGAAAUACAGGACCAGGGCAAAGAAGCAGCGGUAGAUUACUUUCCCGAUCCACCACUUGCCUAUCAGGAUGGGUACACGUUCUUGGACCUGUUUGACGCUGAUGAAAAUAGCGUAUAUCGCAAGACCAACCUUUAUUUUCCAUUUAGCAGUCGGAGAGACUGGCAGGUUGCCGCAUGGCUACUGCGUUCAGGGCUGAGCAUGGGGAAGAUUGAUUCUUUCCUAUCGCUCGACAUGAUCAAAGAUUUGCCCUUCUCAUUCCGCUCGGCCAAAGAACUGCGAGGUCGAGCGGAGAUGCUGCCCAGCGGUCCACGUUGGAUGUCCCAAAUAAUUCCUACGUCUCAUCCUACAAAGUCACCCGUGGUUCUCUAUUGGCGUGACCCUCUAGAGUGUAUCGCGACCCUCUUCAACCAUCCCUUGUUUCAUAAUCGUAUGGACUUCACACCUCGCAAGGUGUAUACCACGGCGGAGAAGCAGUGUCGUGUCUAUACCGAAUGGAUGACGGGAAGUGGUGCUUGGAACAUGCAGUCAGCAAUACCAAGUGGCGCGACCCUCCUCAGUACUAUCCUAUCUUCCGACAAAACGAAUAUCACCGCAUUGACAGGCGAUCGUGUAGCUCAUCCGCUUCUUAUUAGCCUGGCCAAUAUACAUAUGAACACGCGACUUAAAUCUUCUUCGAGCUCUUUCGUCCUCACCGCCCUACUACCGGUCCCGAAGUUCAUUCAUAAGAAGAAGCGGAUGAAGGGUGUAUUGGAGGAUCGCCUCAUACACCAGUGUUUAGACAUAGUUCUAGACCCAUUGAAGCAGGCUGCUCGAAAGGGCUUCGGGGAUGACUUCCAGCAUGAACCCCGCACGAAAUCAACGACUCUUGCACAGCUUGCCGUUGUCCACUCACGCGCUGAUCCCCUUGACCUCGAGGCUUUCUUCCGUGAAGCGCAGAAGUUCCGUCUGAAUGGUGUCGCAGAACCAUUCUAUCGGGACUGGAUACUAGCAGAACCCUCCCAUUUCUUCACACCAGAAUCCCUACACCACCUUCAUAAGCAGUUUUUCGACCACGAUGCACAAUGGCUCAUCUGUGCUGUUGGAGAAUCUGAGAUCAAUUUCCGAUUUUCUAUCUUACAGCCCAUCGCUGGUUAUCGGCACUUUCCUGGAGGCAUCUCGAAGCUUAAACAAGUCACCGGUCGCUGCCAACGAGACAUCCAGCGAUAUAUCAUUGCAGUAUGCGCAGACGCAGCACCUCCCCAUAUCAUCAUCGCAUUACGUGCUCUCAUGCAGUUCCGUUAUCUCGCUCAGUCGCCGCGCCUUGAUGAUGAUGAUCUUGAGCGUAUCUCAAGCGCAUUGCGGGAGUUCCAUGCACACAAGGACGCGAUUAUUGACGCUGGGGUUCGCCGGGGGAAGGGCAAUAAACCCAUCAUCCACUGGCAUAUACCCAAGCUGGAACUUAUGCAGAGCGUUGUUUCCAGUAUCCGCACCUCUGGCGUCACAGCACAGUGGUCCGCAGAUAUCACUGAACAUGCUCAUAUCACCGAAGUCAAAGAUCCCGCAAGGUCUAGCAAUAACAGAGAGUACGAUCCUCAGAUAUGUCGACACCUGGACCGCGCGGAAAAGUGUCGUCGGUUCGAGCUCGCCACGAGCCUUUUAGAUCUUGAGCAGAGUCACAGCGCUGAGGUGCCAGAGGAUGUAGACCCUGAUGGUGAUGACCCCAGCAUCGAUAAUGACAUUGACGCGCAUGAUGUUCCCCCCGAACUGUCUACAUCACAGCAACCUCGCCCAGUCACGAACUAUUUUGUCAUGGCUAGGGCUCUCCAGUACAAGACAGAGGGUUCAGUGCCUGUUCCGUUGCGUUCAUUUAGCUUUGCACGCACCGCCUUUCAUCUUGGGUAUCAUCCGUCCAUCAGGAAUAUCACCGUCGAUGAAGCCGCCAUCAAAUUUGGCUUACCCGACCUGCGACCGGCCAUUGCUGACUUCCUCCAGCGCGAGGCGACUCAUGGAUAUCAGCAUGUUCACGCGAUAGGUGGCCCAAGGAGAUCUGGACCUACGGCUGCCCUUCCUUUCAACACAAUCCAAGUCUGGUUUAAAAUACGCUUACAAGAGACAGACUUGCACGAUGAUCAGAUCAUCAAACCCGCACAGACACUCAAUUGCGCUCCACCCAAUGGCCUCUGGACCUUGGGUCGUUAUGACACAGCUAUUGUGGUGACAAACGCAGGUUAUUCAUGGCCUAGUAGCCGUCUCUCAGGUCACACUGUCGCUCAGAUCAGGCUUAUCAUGCGGCCUAUUGGUAAGAGUGGCACGCAAUGGCCAUGGAAAGAUCAAUUUCUCACCUAUGUUCAACGUUUCGACUUACUGAGUGAUCGUGAUCCCAUUACGCAACUGCACCUGCUCAAGCGAGCAAAACGUUCGAAUGGAAAUCGGAUGGGGGAUGUCAUACCCGUCUCUCAACUGCGGGCGCCUGUCAAUCUGAUCCCUCGGUUUGGAGCCGCUGCAGAUAAGCGCCUCACUGCAUAUAAUAGCAUGGAACAUGCCGCGGAGUUUUGGUUGAACGAGUUUUGGGAAAAAAGUAAAUUCUUCGCCCUUUCAGCAUAG